AUGCCUGGGCAGGACAUGGCUGUAGGUCCUCAUGGGGGCCAGACAGAGCAUGCCUCACCCCUCACCAGCAGCCCCUGUGCAGAGGCGGGAGGGCCGACACCUCUGCCUCCCCGCUCUGAUGACCCUCUUGCACCCAGGAAGCGGGCACAGAGGCAGCUGUCUGGGCCACAGAGCAGUGUAAUGCCAGCAGAAGCGUCACUGCUGAGACGACCCUACCACUGCUCCCUCGGCAAGUCGGACACCAGACUGCACGAGCUGCACCGCAGCUGGCUCUGCAGCAGAGCCCCACAGCCUGCCAGCAUGGAUCUGCGCCCACAAUGGCUGGAGGCGUCCAGAGGCACGACGUCCAGGCCCCCGGCAGCCUUCCCACACCAGGAGCUGCCCCUGGUCACGCCCUCCACCGGCCCUGAGGCCACCUAUUCCAACGUGGGGCUGGCUGCCAUCCCCGGGACCGGGCUGGCAGUCACCUCUGGGGUACCCGUGGGGGCUGAGUAUGCGUGUGUCCAGAAGCGCAAGGGAACAGAUAGGGGCCCCCGGCCUGGACACGGGAAAGCUGAGGCGACCCCAGCUGCUCAGGUGGACAUCCUGUAUUCCAGGAUCAGCAGGCCUAAAAGGAGGGACCCAGGACCUUCCACAGACCAGCCAGGCCCCAAGGGUGGGGAAGCGAGUUUGGCUCUGGGGAGGGACCUGGCCUACGAGGUCCUCCCUCUCAGGGGCCUGGGCGUGGACAAGAGCCUCCUGGAAAACGUGUAUGAGAGCAUCCAGGGGACGGAGGCCCCCGGGCACCUGGAACCCCCCAGCUCCAACUCCUACCAGGAGAGGACAUGUGCAGGGCAUGGAGACCCCCUGCUUCCUGUCUAAGCCUGGGGAGGGGUCUUCAUCCCCUCUGCCCUGAACACCCAGGUACAGAUGAUCCUUCCUCCAGAGUGGGGUGCGACCCCUCACUUCCCACAGAGUCCCCUCCCCCACACGCGGCUAACAGCACGAAUUCCGGAUAGCAGUGCUGUCAGCCUAUGGGGUCCCUAGGGUCCUGGCUGCCAUGUCCUCUCUAGGGCAGGGUCUCAAUA